AUGAGCAGGACUGACGCGGGCGAGACUAGGAAUUCGGCAGGCCUGACGACCCCCGGCCACUCGUGGUUUGGAACGUCCCGGAGCACGCCAGGAACUGGGAGCUCGAAGAAGACGAGGUCGCGGGCCGGCCUGCACUGGCCGCCGGACGACAGCACCGACCACGGCGAGCCCUCCGAGGGCGGCUGGCUUGUACCUGAUCAAGGCGGGGCUGUCCUUGACAAAGACGACAACGUGGUCGAGGAAGAAGUCUGGGCGCAGUCCUUGGUCAUCUCGUUGAACCACAUCGUGGAAAAGUUGAACGAUGGGAGUCUGCCGCCUGGGAAGACGGUGGUUGUGAUCGAUACUCUCUGGGAGAUCGAUGACCUCUCGACGGACGACCCUGGAUCGGAGCAGAGAUAUAGAGAAUGGUGCAGCCAUGUGGAGCAAGCCCUCGACGAGAUCGACAGGCUUGGGGGUGUCAUGGUCUCGGUCGCAGCUGGAAACGAGGGGAAGCAUAACCCGCCCGGGGAGACUGGAGAUUUCAUGCCAAACAUAUUGGCCAGGCACGAAGGCUCCCCUCUCGUCAUUGCUGACCAGGCUGCGUGCAUGCUCUCCGAUCCGGCCUUACACGAGGCCCUCAAAUGGAGCAGUGACGACCUCCAGGGCCACACGGUCGCGAACCGUCUCAAGGAGCUUCUCUCUGAAGAGGGCAAGGGGAGCUUCCAGAGAGUGGCCAGAGGGCGAAUGCUCGACCCGGCGAGCGCAACCUAUCCUGUGCCUGAGAGGCUGAACGUCGUGUGUAAUAGCUGCGCUGUCUUCCCGAGAACGGGGGAAUCCUCGACCCAAUGA